CAAUUAUUAUAUAAAUAAGUUGUUACCUUUACCUGUGCUUUCUGCUCACUCUUUCUCAGAUCUGAUCCAAACACCACGUUCAAGGAGUUAAAAUCAGAGGUCAUGGGUCGUGGAGUCAGUGCCGGUGGGGGACAGAGUUCUUUGGGCUACUUGUUUGGAAGCGAUGAGGCUCCAAAACCCUCCACAAACAAAAACAAUGCCGAAGCUCCUGUGAAUCAAGGACAGGUUACAAAUAAUUCACCUGCUCAGAACUCCACUCCUGCUGCACCACCUGAAGAGGCUGGUAAGCAGAUUCCAGCAGGCAUUCAGGGCAACACCCAAAACAACUAUUUCCGAGCUGAUGGUCAGAACUGCGGCAACUUCAUCACGGAUCGGCCUUCAACAAAGGUCCAUGCAGCUCCUGGUGGUGGAUCUUCCCUGGGUUACUUGUUUGGAGAUGGUGGCAAAUAAGGCCUCAUGUCUUCAACAAUGGAAGCAUUACUUGCUGUUGUUCUAGAGCUAAUUGUAAUUGGACAAACAAUAUGUCUCUAUCUCUUAGGCAAUGGAUGCGUUUUACUUCUGUCUGAUGUAUUGCAUAGUAUCUUGCAUGUUGUUUUCUGUUCGGAUUGGGCUUUCUUAGGAUACUCCUGAUAUGCUUAAGUUGGUGAAAACAUCGUCAGUACCCAACUUAAUGCCUGCUUACUGUGAAGUAAACAAUGUGCUGUAAUCCUUUUAUUUUAUAUGAGUUGCUUUCAUUGCCGUCUUCUA